AGAUACUUUUUUUGAAAGUUAUAUAAAAAAUUAAAUUUAUUUAAAAUAUAUAAAAAGUUAAAAGAAUCAAACAUUAAAAUAUAAUAGGUUGGAUCAAUUAACAGCGGAUUGUUCAAACAAAAAAAAUAAAAUAAAGAAAGCAGUUAAGCAUAUUUAAAAAAAAAAAAAAAAAAGAAAUUAAAUUGACUAAUACGAUUAACUCAAUUUUAAAUUCAUUUUGGUCAGUUUUUAGAUCAGUUCGAUUUCAUCGAAUUUCUUCUUUUCUGUAGAACUCAACCCGGAGAACAAACUCCUAUAAACAUGAACACAACAACUAAAAUACAAAACCUAAACUGAUUAUAGUUCAACAAAAAAUACGUACAGCAGUUAAGAUUUUAAGCUAUGGGGUUGACUCUUUUCUCUAUUUCUGACCCACUUUGAUUUUAAUCCCUUAACAUUAAUUCUAAUCUCUUAGCUUUCUUUUUCUGGGGUUUUUCUCAGAUUUUCACUUCAUGGUUCUUAGAUUUGCUACUUUUUCGUGACGACAUGGGUGUUUUACACGUAUGCCCUAAUUCAAGGAGUGACUCUGCUCAUAUGAAUACGUGUCCAACAAACUGCAGUGCCUUCUGCAUCUGCCUAAUACUUUAAAUGUCCAAGUAUAUUAUAAAGCAUAAGUUCUUCUUUCUCUGUAUAUACAUACAUAUAUAUAUUUGUAGGCAUUGCCUUUUUGGGUUCUUGUUUUUUUGUCAGAUUGCUUCUUACACUUGUGCCUCUCUCUCUCUAAUUAUAUACCACACAAUCUGUAGUGAUUGUUAUGAUAUAUAUAUAUAUAGGUUAGGAAUAAUCACCUUGGCACGUCUCUGUUACAAUGGAGUUUUCAGGUAGUUCUUGGAAUUGAGGAAUUCUUUGAUGUUUAGAUGGCGGCUUGCAGCCUAGAAAUCUUCUUCUGCUUUAUAUUCAAUUACUUUGCUCAUAGAUAGAGAUAACUGAGCUUGUGAAGAUGGAGACUGAGUACAUCGUCAGUAAUAACCCAGUAUCAGGUGAAGAAGAAAAGAUGAGCAGUACCCUGAAGAAAUUCCUACUCAUAGUGAAUGGUACAAUGCUGGCCAUAGGCAACUGCGGAGGUCCACUUAUACAGCGCCUCUACUUCUUAAAAGGCGGCAAGGGUGUCUGGAUUUCAAGCUUUCUGCAAACAGCUGGUUGGCCAUUUAUCAUAUUUCCCCUUUUUGUUUCCUACAUUCAUCGUCGAAGCAAGAAUGCUGGCAGCACCAAGCUCUAUUACAUAACCCCUCGUCUCUUCAUAGCUUGUGCUGUUAUAGGUGUUCUUACAGGCUUGGAUGAUUUUCUUGCCGCCUAUGGUGUUUCUCUUCUUCCUGUCUCUACUUCUGCUCUUAUAAUCGCUACCCAGCUUGGCUUUACGGCUGGAUUUGCUUACGUUCUAGUCAAGCAAAAGUUCACUCCUUUUACUGUUAAUGCUAUUUUCUUAUUGUCCAUUGGAGCUGUUGUUCUGGUGCUGCAUGCUAGUUCUGAUCGCCCUCCUCAUGAAACCAAUGGGCAGUACUUGUCGGGAUUUUUCAUGACUCUGGGUGCUUCAGCUCUUUAUGGGUUUGUGCUACCGUUGAUCGAGUUGACAUAUAAGAAAGCAAACCAGACCAUUACUUAUACUCUGGUUAUGGAGAUGCAGCUGGUGAUAUCUUUCUUUGCUACUGCAUUCUGCACUACUGGGAUGCUUCUGCAUAAGGAUUUUGCGGCGAUUCCAAGAGAGGCCAGUGAGUUCGAGCUGGGGAAAGCAAAAUAUUAUGUGGUGCUGAUGGUUAAUGCAAUCUUUUGGCAGUUGUUCUUCAUGGGAGCAGUUGGUGUUGUCUUCUGUGGUUCUUCAUUGCUCUCUGGUAUUAUAAUUGCUACUCUGCUGCCUGUGACAGAGACUUUAGCUGUGUUUUUCUACCAUGAAAAAUUCAGAGUUGAGAAGGGGAUUUCUCUUGUUUUAUCUCUGUGGGGCUUCAUGUUUUACUUCUAUGGUGAGCUCCAGCGGAACAAGAAAAAGAAGCAGACUUCAGAACUAGCUGUGACUUGAUCAUUUCCUGAAUACAGGAAAAAGGAAGUUAAUGUAUAUGUUUGUUGCUAAUUGUCACAUAAGUUUACCAAAAGCCAAAGUGCCAGAUUGAGACCAAUUUUUGGCAUAGCCUCCUUUCUGUGGAAGAAUUAUUCCACCCAAAAAAGCUUCAACUCUCUAAGAGAGGUAUCAAAAAUAGUUUUAUAUUAUUUUGACACCGCCCUGGCACGGACGGAAAAUAUCCUUUGAACUUGAAGCGUGAAUUAAUAUAGGCCCGAAUAUGGGAAUAUCCAAUGCCUGAA